GGGCCCAUAUCCCUGGGCGACGAGGAGGAGGGCCUCCCCUCUUUGGCUGCGAGCCCGGCUCCACAAGGCGAGCAGCAAGACGAAGGGAUCGUCCGCUUCAGCGCAACACGCGCAGAGAAGUGGGGCCUCGUCCUGGCCCCGGAGGAGCGCCUCCUCUGGGGGCCCUGCCUCUUCGAGGAAGAGGUCUUUCGCGCUUGGUUUCCGCAUCGGCGUGGUGCACGGAACCUGAGGCGACCCUCGACGCUGGCCACGAUAACAGAUCGUCGCCUCAUCGUCAUUCAGUACAGGAGCGUCGGGCCCCUCUGCUGUGGUGGUGUCUGCCACCGCGCUCCCGUCGACAGCGUGAGUAUCAUUCCGCUCAAGAACAUUCUUGGAUUCUGCGUCGAGGAGAGUUUUUCGCUCCAGCAGGCGAUGCUUGCUCGACUGCUGUCUCGGGUGUGCUGCCGGCCUUUGUCGGAGAGCUCACUGAGUGUCAAGGUCCUCAGCAACGCCGGCCUUGGCAAGGUGUACCUCGGCGCAAUGUCUGUGAAGCAGCGGGUGCUUCCGCUGCAUGCCGAUCCAGCCUGCAACUUUGAAGAGGACAAGGUGCUGGAGUUGAGAAGAUGGCUGGGCAAUGUGGCCCUGUUCUUCAGCGAUACGAGCAACAAGGCACAGCUGUCGGGCCUUAGCAUAGGAAUGGAGUUCCCAGGUGAUCUUUGCCUCAUCAUCGUAGGACCCGGCGAGGAGGCAGAGGAGGUCUUGAUCAAAAGGCGUCUGGCGGCCGGAGGCCGCGUGCUUCAUGUACUGACCCAGGGCCUCGGUGACAAGCGGGUGUCGGUGGUAGCGUUUGAUGACGAUGCAACGGGCUGUCUUGUCUGGCGCACUCCAGCGGCUUGUGUUCAAGUUUCCUCCUUCGGUCGACGUUUGGGCGCCCGUACAAGCCACUAUUGGAGCAGUACUGGACCAGGUGCUAUGGUGUUAAGCGUGACGGAUCGGUUAGAAAUUUGUUCUGAGACAGGUGAUCUGAGGCAUGUUCGCAUUUUGGACAAGGACGGUCUUGCCUACGUUGAGAUGUCGGGGUCUGUAAUACUGAAUCCUGAUAUGCCCACGGCUCAAAAUCACUGCGUUGAUGUCACGGACGAGCAAAUGAAGCCCUUCGGUACGUUCUCAGCCAGAUACCUCAUCCUAGGUAGCUGCUUGCAAACAUGCCUGUUCUGCAUGAGACUGCUUUGGUCUAUCCACGUGGAGACAGGCAGGGCGUCUGAGAUUUUCUGGGGCAGAGUGAUCUCGUCUAUCUAUUCUUGCAUCUGUUCUCAGCAGCUCUUGGUGGAUGUCUUUGGAGUUGCAUUUGCAGGUGAGAGGACCGGCUUGUUUAUACAGUUUGUGGGUACUUUUGCAAUUCUCGCGACUACGACACCGCUGCUGCUUUUGGGCACAUCGCAGUUUUUCGCCGAGAUUGCUGCUGCCUGCUCAUGUCUUGUUUUGCCAACUCUGGUUCAUUAUUUCAGGACAAAACCUUCUGGAGCUAGCGCCCGGGACAUCAGAAUGACCUCCCUGUGGACGGUGGGCUUGGUCGUGAGCACGUUCGGCAACGUUGGCCUCUCCCUGAUCAUUGGCGGCGUUUACAACGUCUUGCUUUCUGGAGCCAACAUUGUUGGAGCGACCUUCUUCUUGCCGAUGGCCACAUCCAUCUGCGAGCUUCUAUUUGUCGCAAUCUCACGCGAGGCUUAUUGCCGAGCUGCCUGGCCCAACCGUUGCGGAGGGACGGGCAAGAUACCCGGAGAUCAGCUAUACAUCCCUGUCACAGCUUCGGUGGCCUGCAACCAUGCCGUCUCGGAGUGCAUGCGCUUGGCUGCAGUUCUCGCAGGUGUAGCAAAGGAUGGCAGCUUCGUCUGGGUGGGGGUCGCCCUGUCUACGUUGCUGACCAACAUAUUACUGCGCUUGAGUUGGUUUCGGUUCUUUCUCUUCCAGAUCGCUCGAGGUUUAUGUGGCACCUCUCUUGCAAGAGGACUCUGCGGUCCGAGCUCUUGGGUAAAGCUUCAUGAGGAAAUGAAGGUUUUUGUAGGCUAUUUCCGGUUCGUUCCAGUCGUGGCCCUCGUGAUUGCUAGGGCAGUCAUGUAUGGAAUGAAGCCGUUCCAUGAUCCCCAAACCCCUGCCUUCAAUUUUGCCACCAGCUGUGCUAUUCUCGGGCUUCUUUGUACCGAAGUUCUGGAAGAUCUUAUCGUCGUGAAUGAGUUGCUGCCGGAAGCCCCGGUUUUGCCGGAGAUGCUUCGCGAUCCGACGUCGGAGAUGCAUCCAAGAUCCCUGCCCGUAGCAGAACGGAGGCACGGUGAUGCAUCCGGCGACUUCAUGUCGGUAGUCUGCGACACGGAGAAACAGGUCUUCCACAAAAGCAUUGCAUAUAGCAGGGACAGCACGACAUGGGGAGGACUUCGAAGAAGAUUGGGCCAGGUUGGACGCCUGGUGCCCGCUCCGGUGCUCUACGGCUUGCGAGAGUGGCCUUUUGGACUACAUUUCACCAUCAUCGGCAUCUUUUGCAACAUUAUGUUAGGCAUGAUGUGUGCGUUUUUGGGGUCGGGUUAUUUGAGAGGCUUGCACGCGACGCCUUGUCCUCCUGCAAGGCUCUUGCAGAGCUGGUUCCUUGAGUCAGUGCCCUUAGCAUGCUAG